CCUCCUUCGCUGGGAAGCACAGGAGAGCAGAAGAAGCACUCUUGUCUCCACCAAAAAUAUCUCGGUGCUCAGAUAUAAACUUAAAAAAAAAAAGAGAGAGGAAGAGAAACUUUCCCGGCAUCUGUAGCACAUAUCAGAGAUUUAACAGGAUUGUAGCCGUGAAUAUUGAAUUGGAUGUUCAUCAUUUCACAUCAAAAACUUUGAUCAUUUUGUCCUUGUCUUCAUCAUCUUUAUGACCAUUAUCACAUAGAACAACUAUUGUCAAGUGGUCUCACCAUGUAUUUGGAGAACAAAAGCAACCUGGAGAUUGAGAUGUCUGACGCCCAAGGCCAUCAGGGCAUGAGCAGCCUGAGGUCACCGCAGGCCGUCGCAGCGAACUUCGAGGAGCUCCGUCUGCUGCAGGACAUUUCAGAGAGGAUAGACACCCAGAAGCUCCAGCAGUCUGCAGUUCUGCCUUUGGGACAGUGCGUCAUCCACACCGAGGGCUUUGUCCCUGUUCGACAGGAGGAUGGGCACAAUUUCAGCGCGGUUAAUAUCCUCAGAGGGAGAACCAACUCAGCCAACCAGACAGAGAGGUCGCCUCUGCUGAGGUUCUCUCAAGACGACAGUUUGACCUACAUGUCCCUACACAACCCCAGCUUUGUCGGAGGGGAAGAGCCCUGGGACAACAGCUCCCUGGACCAUGAGAAGAGGUUUCGACUGGGUAGCGAGGUCACCAGCCUGUCCCUGUCCCGCUCCAGCUCCUCAGAGAAGAACGACCCUCUGGACAACAUAAACUUCAGACUCACCAGUAGUAUGAAAUGCUGCUUCAAAGUCUCCAAAAUUGCCACCAUGUUCACCAUUGUCGUUCUUUGCAGUCUGUUCUUUAGCAUGUAUCCAGACCGAGACAACCCCUGGAGGAUGUUGGCAGUCUCCUCCACAGACAGUUUCUCAAUGAACCUGACAGAUUUCAGGGACAACGCUUUGCUGAAGCUCCAGGUGGGGGGGCCUUUCACAGGAGGGAUGGUCGACCUCACCAGCCAAGAGUACAUCCUGAUCCAGGUGGAGCAGACAGAGCAGCCGGGACAACGAAGGAGGAGAGCUCAGCAGGUGAUUUAUAACUGGACCAUCCCGGUACACAGUCAACGAAGUGACCAGAUGCUGGUGACAAAAACCUUUGAGAUGCUCAGCAGUGAACCCAUCGUCAUCACGAUUCAGUCCUUCCUGCGGGACAAUGAGGUGGUGCCGCUGUCCAUGACCCACCAGUCCCUCUACGUCAAUGUGGAGACACAGGUGGCCAUCGCUGGAAUCAUCCUGACUGGGGUCUAUGUUCUCAUCAUCUUUGAGAUUGUACACCGCACUCUGGCUGCGAUGUUGGGAUCUUUUGCAGCCUUGGCUGCUCUGGCUAUCAUUGGUGACCGACCCAGUCUGGUUACUGUGGUGGAGUGGAUCGAUUAUGAGACCCUGUCUCUUCUGUUUGGCAUGAUGGUUCUGGUGGCCAUUUUUUCAGAGACGGGCUUCUUUGAUUAUUGUGCUGUGAAGGCUUACCAGUUAUCCAGAGGAAGAGUGUGGCCUAUGAUCAUCAUCCUCUGUCUCAUUGCCGCCAUUCUCUCUGCUUUUCUGGACAAUGUGACCACUAUGAUGCUUUUCACCCCUGUCACAAUAAGGUUGUGUGAGGUGCUUAAUCUAGACCCCAGACAUGUCCUGAUUGCAGAAGUAAUCUUCACCAACAUUGGAGGGGCCGCCACAGCUGUCGGAGAUCCACCAAAUGUGAUUAUUGUAUCAAAUCAGGAACUGCGCAAAGAAGGGAUUGAUUUUGCCAGUUUCACGGGCUACAUGUUCCUCGGGAUAGUCCUCGUCCUUUUCACCUCAUUUCCUUUCCUGCGGUUGCUCUACUGGAACAAAAAACUUUACAACAAAGAGUCAAUUGAAAUAGUUGAACUCAAGCAUGAGAUCCUGGUUUGGAGGCAAACGGCUCAGCGCAUUAACCCUGCCAGCCGAGAGGAGACAGCUGUGAAAUGCCUCCUGAUGCAAAAAGUCCUUAACCUGGAAAAUCUUCUCCGCAAAAUGAUGAAAACCUUCCAAAGACAAAUUUCUCAGGAGGAUAAGAACUGGGAGCAAAACAUUCAGGAAUUGCAAAAGAAGCACAGAAUAACUGACAAAGUUCUCCUGGUGAAGUGCGUGUCCGUCCUUGGCGUGGUGAUCUUCAUGUUCUUUCUCAACUCCUUUGUUCCCAGCAUUCAUCUAGAGCUCGGUUGGAUUGCUAUCCUGGGCGCACUGUGGCUUUUGGUUCUGGCUGACAUCCAGGAUUUUGAGAUCAUCUUGCACCGGGUGGAGUGGGCCACACUACUCUUCUUUGCUGGCCUCUUUGUUUUGAUGGAGGCUUUAGCCCAGCUGCAGCUUAUCGACUAUAUUGGAGAACAGACAGCGCUGCUUAUAAAAGCGGUGCCAGAAGACCAGCGCUUGGCCAUAGCCAUUAUCCUGGUGAUGUGGGUCUCCGCUCUGGCUUCUUCUCUCAUUGACAACAUUCCCUUCACUGCCACCAUGAUUCCAGUUCUCAUCAACUUGAGUAAGGAUGCAGAUGUGAACCUGCCAGUAAAACCUCUCAUCUAUGCUUUGGCAAUGGGAGCCUGUCUCGGGGGAAAUGGAACAUUAAUAGGAGCAUCAGCCAACGUUGUGUGCGCAGGAAUUGCUGAGCAACAUGGCUACGGCUUCUCUUUUAUGGAGUUCUUCAGGUUAGGAUUCCCCAUGAUGAUAAUGACGUGUAUGAUUGGCAUGUGCUACCUGCUGGCUACCCACAUCGGACUUGGAUGGAACAUGUAAUCCCCACCUGUUGUACAUAACCAAAGAGACUGUGUAUAUUCACGUGUGUGCCAGAGGCGGCCUCAGGCAUCCCGGGGCCUUACCCCCAUAAAACAACAUAAUGAGAAAACAAUGCAAGGAUUCCAGUUGGUUCUCAUGGUAUAUUUUCUGAUUUAAAUGCAUUAUGUACACUUUCAGAAUAAUGGACAGCUCAACAUAAGCUAGAAAUUAUCAUAGCAUUUCCCUUAAAAUCACAGGAUCCAAAUAAUCUAGAUGGUUUAUCAUAGGGCGUCUGGUGCUUCUUUCAUUCUCACUCUGCCCCCUGAACACCUCCUCCUGCACUAUAUGUAACUUUAGUUAGUGGACAUGAUCUCCAACGAGAAGCAUCAGAAGCUUAAACUGAAGGAAUCAGUCCAAGAGCGUUCAAGAGUAAUGUCAAACUAUAGAUCAGUUAUAUACAGAAGUCAUUCAAAACCAACGUUCAUCUCCGAUAUUCACAGAGGACACUUAUCAAGAAUUCCUGGGUGGUCCCGCCUGGCCUCCCUUGGCAGAAUCGAGGUAACAAACUGAAAACCACAUGUAUUUAGUUAUUAAUCGAUGAUGUCGGAAGAGAAAUUGAGAUCAUUCCGGUCACUUAAACCCUGAUGUCCUGGCUGUGAGCAUCUCAUGUUGGGUGUAGCAGAUGAACUACAUGCGUAGCAUCGAUGCAGUCGUCCAUGUCUGGAUCGAUGCAUCAAAAACAUUGAUACAUUUUCCUCUAGUGAGUGGUCAAGCGAUUGACAGGCUUUGUUUUCUGCUCAUGAAAACUGCCUAACUGCUCAGAUAAACAGGCAAACAGACUUAAUAUCCACUUGUGGCUGCAGAGGCUCAGUUAAAGUAACAAAGUGUUGCUUUAGUUGUGUUUUUUUUUACAGAAAAAAUCAUAUGGAAUGCGGAGAAGCCUCUCCCUUCUCUGGAGCAUCUAUUCUGUACUUAAUAGUACUAUUACUUAAUUACUUAAAAAAGUAACACUCAAAUUAAAUUUACCAUAAAGGCAACGCUGCGGUAGAAUAAAGCCCGCACAGCUCCCGCAGUCCACUGGGCCCUGUCACCACAUCUAUAGAACAAUACAGUGAAUCCUGUCUGUACAGUAUCAGGUUGGUUAGAUCAGUGGUUCUCAACCUUUUUUCAGUGAUGUUCCCCCUGUGAAAUAUUUUUUCAGCCAAGUACCCCCUAACCAGCGCAAAGCAUUUUUGGUUGAAAAAAGGAUGUAAUACA